ACGUGAUGUAACGUGAAGCGCUUUUAUGUAAAAGAGUCUGAUCGAUCAGAUCAUAGCUAGCUAGCUUGCCAGUUGCUGCACUAUCCGUACAAGAUAGAUAGGCUCGCAAAAAAUGGCUAUGUCACGAAGGAAGCUUCCUCCUUUGCCGGUGCCAGGGCAGCCUGUAGAAGUCGUUGAGGAGCCAACGGCUGUGGAUUUUUUCCUACCAACUGGAAUCAUGAUCCCAAUGACAAUCAGUCCUUUAUCAACAUUGAGGGAAAUCAAAGAAUUGCUCUACAAGGAAGCUAGGAAUUACCCGUUGUUCUCUCUGCUAAAGAACGAAGGUUUCUAUAACUUUCUAGGAAUUACAGCCGAUGGGGAAAAGGAAGAGUACUUGAAUGAGCAGGCUACACUCUCUGAUUUGGACAUAUUUAUACCUGUAUUAAAACUAGUGGAAAGGCAGGGAAACCAAGUGGAAAAGCAGCUCAAUGCUGAGAUCAGUAACCUAAUUGGAAGACGGCUACAUGAUUUUGAUGUCAUGGGCAAAGAGGUACAAGCAUUUCGCCGCAAUGUUCUGGGUAUCUGUGACAACUCUGUCAAGGAGCGCACGUCCAGUGAACGUAUGAACUUGCUGUACCUGUACCCUCCAAACAUCAGUUCCCAGGGGGCAGUGGACGAGAUUGAUGGCAUUGAGUUAAUUAAUGUGGAGGUUAACUUCAGCACCACUGAUGGGAAAGGACUCAAGACUGUCCUCAAGGUUGACCUUGGUAGUUGUCCGUCAGAGGUAGUAGAGCGAGCAGUGGUGUCCAAGGAGCUGUCGCGGGUGCUUGAUCGCCAUACCCCAGACGAACUAGUACUCAAGGUGGUAGGCCGUGAAGAGUACCUUCUGGUUCCGAAACCAAUAUCUGCUUACAAGUAUGUCCGAGAGUGUGUCGGGAAGGAAAAGGCAGCACGAGUGAGCAUUCGAUACCUUCGAGAGCUAGUGCCUGAGACACAAGACAAAUUCAUUCGCCCAGUGUUCUCUGGAGUGUCAACUGAAGUGUCAGUGAAUUCUGAGCAGACACAGUCUUUUGCAAGUGGUACUAACUACAUUUCUAUUUGGGACAUCAAGGACACUUACAAAGUUAAAGUCCUGUCUGCAAAGAACAUCAAUGUUCCAGAGAAUCAUAAGGUGUAUGUGCGGACUGCUAUCUACCAUGGGUGUGAGUCUAUCUGUCAGCCUGUGUGUACUUCCACUGGGGCCAACUCAGAAAAUGCCGCUUGGAAUGAGAUACUCGAGUUCAAUAUCCCACUUGCUGAUAUGCCACGUGCUGCAAAACUCUGCUUUGUUAUUUUUAGUGCCACGGAAGCCAAUAUGGCCAGAAAAGAGGGAAGGAGAAGAAAGCAAGCCAAGAAUAUGUCUCCUGUUGCCUGGGUGAACAUGACUGUGUUUGACUACACUAGUCAACUUCAGUCCGGACGAUUCACUCUGUAUGCUUGGCCUAUAGAGGCGGAACUAGUGGAGAGCGUGCACUACAUGGGCAGCACUGUUCUGAACCCCAGUACCACUGAGUGUGUGUGUCUCGAGAUAGACAUCAAUCUGCCAAAUUUACCUGCGAAUGUGUCCAAGGACAGGCCUAUCAUGUACCCUUCCAUGAAGGAGAUCGAAGCUCUUAACAAGGAAGCAUCUCUCGUUGCUACUCCAGUGAGCAAGUUCCCGCAGUUCAUGAUCCUGAAUCUGCAGAAAGUUGUGGAUCAAGACCCUCUGGCUCAGCUCUAUGAAGAAGACAAAUCACUCAUCUGGGAAAUGAGAAAUGUGUGUCAGAGCCACUUCCCCCAAUCAUUGCCGAAGCUAUUGCAAUCAGUGGCUUGGAACAACAGAACUGAUGUUGCACAGAUGUAUGUGCUAUUGAAUAACUGGAGUCAGUUAUCUCCCGAAGCUGCUCUAGAGUUGUUGGACUACCAGUAUGCGGACAUUGCAGUUCGAAAGUACUCCGCAGCAUGUUUUGAAGUCCUCAGUGAUGACAGGCUUCUGCUGUACCUGCUUCAACUAGUGCAAGUUCUCAAGUUCGAGCCAUACUUGGACUGCUCUCUGGGAAGGUUCCUCCUCAAAAGGGCUCUCAUGAGCAAAACCAUUGGCCACUACCUUUUCUGGCACCUCAGGUCAGAGAUGCACGUGCGAAUAGUGUCUGUGAGGUUUGGUCUAAUGUUGGAGGCUUUCUGUAGAGGUGCUGGCCAGUACAUGAAGGAGCUAUCAGAACAGCUGCAAGCUCUCACCAAGAUGAAACAUGCCUCUGACACUCUACAGAAUAUCAAGAAGAGCAAAAAUGAUGAUUUUCUCAAGACCCUGCAUGAAAAGCAGUUUACAAGUGCAAUGGAGCACCUCACUUCUCCUCUGGACCCCUCCCUGCAUUGCAGAAGUCUCAAGUCUGAUAAGUGCAAGGUAAUGGACAGCAAAAUGAGGCCUCUUUGGCUGGUGUUCCAGAAUGAGGAUUCUCUAGGAGGAGACAUUCUCCAAAUCUUCAAGAACGGAGAUGACCUUCGUCAGGAUAUGCUGACUCUGCAAAUAAUGGGACUGAUGGACAAGUUGUGGAAGCAGUCAGGCCUUGAUUUGAAGAUGAACCCAUACCUGUGUCUGUCCACUGGGAACCAAGUGGGAAUGAUUGAAGUAGUCUUGGACUCGAGUACUAUUGCCAAGAUCCAGAAAAAGGCCAAGGGUGCAAAGGGUGCUUUUGACAAAAGGGUUCUCUAUCAAUGGCUCAAGGUACAAAAUCCUGAUCCAGUUGCCAUGAAUAAGGCUGUUGAGAACUUCACUUAUUCUUGUGCUGGAUGCUGUGUUGCUACUUACGUGUUGGGUAUUGGAGAUAGACACUCAGACAACAUCAUGUUGCGCUCAAAUGGCCAGCUGGUGCAUAUUGACUUUGGGCACUUUCUGGGUAACUUCAAGAGCAAGUUUGGUGUAAAGAGGGAGCGUGUGCCAUUUGUCCUCACUGAUGAUUUCAUCUAUGUCAUCACAAGAGAGGGCAGUAAGGAGUCACAGGAUUUCCAAGGAUUCAAGCUUCUUUGUGAGGAUGCUUUCCUCAAGCUCAGAGAGCAUGGUGCCCUCUUUUUAAACCUUUUCACGAUGAUGCUCUCCUGUGGUAUACCUGAGCUGCGAACCAGGGAUGAUAUCUACUACAUCAGGGAUGCACUUUGUCUGGGCGAAACCAAGGAGGUGGCAUUGGAGAACUUUCGUAAGAAGCUGGGUGAGGCCGUGCGGAAUGCAUGGAGUGUGUCCCUCAAUUGGUACAUUCACAAUGUAGCCAGAAACUAGACUUAGUGUUUUCUUGUUUCAUGAACUUCCUAUGUUACAUCACUUUAGUAAAAAUCGAGUCAUUUUUUAUAAUAAUUACACUUAGAAACUUAAUUUUUAUUGUUAGAUUUACAAUUUUUACAAAACAAUUAUCGUAUCUUGUUUUAAUUCA